UCUGUUUUGAAACGGACGGAAUUGCUUUUCUGAACGGACUCUGUAUGAUAUGGAUACGGGAUAAGAUAUGCAGUGUCUGCUCCAAGAUAUUUGUGACCGACGACGGCCUGUUGUUUACUCUGCAGUCUGUACCCGUAUGCGCAACAACGGCGCUGCCUGUCUGGGCAGAGCUGGAUCGGACCGAUCUUGCCCUGACAAGAAGUCCAUAUCGGCGCUGGUCAAGAACUCAAAAGAUGCAAGACAGACUUGACAGUCCACGAGUGGCACUGUAGUGUUGUUCGGUCCUUUCCUCCCUGGUGAUGCAUGGAAGCACGUACCGACGCACGCAUGGAGACAUGGAGUCCAGAGGAAUUUAGAGCGUGCCGAUGGGGAGAUAUUUAUCGGGAAAGUUCGGAUUUGGAUCGCCCAGGACCCAGGUGCCAACCACCGUAAGCAACAGCGGUUUGGUUGGUUUGGGCCCGAGCCGUCCAAUUGUCGCGCGGCCGCGGCGACACGAGGAGUGGUGGGCGGCUGGCCGGGUCAGGGAUCUCGGGUCCGUCCCGUGCCGUGCGUGCCAAGCGCGAGCGAGCUUACGUAUAUAACAGGCCACCGGCCGGCGCCGCCUCGAGCCCGAUUAGGAAACCCGUACGAGUAACCACGCGACGCACAGUCAGCUCACAAACACCAGAAGAUCAUAUCAGAUUGGGUCGGGCUUGCGCGGCAGCGGGGAGAAUGAGCGAAGGCACGCGGGAGAUGAGGCAGCUGCGGGGCGCGGCGGCGAGCAACGGCACCAAAUCGAGCGGGAGCGGCGCCGCCGUGGCUGCUUCGGACGAGUGGAACGGGGUAGGGCGCUGCAUCGGGGCGAGGAUCCGGGGAGUCAACGUGGGGAUCCUGGACGAGCAGGUGCUGGUGCUCGUGUUCCGGGCGCUCAACUGGGACCCGCAGGCGCUCUGCGCCACGGCCCGGGUCAGCCGCCGCCUCCGCGCCGUGGCGGAGCGCGUGCUGUGGCGGGAGCUCUGCGUCUCCCGCGCGCCGCGCAUGGUGUCCGCGCUCACCACCACGACUUCCGCGGGCGCGCGCAUCGGGGGCGGGUGGCCGGCCCUGGCGAAGCUGCUCCUCUUCUGCUGCGGCGCGGAGCGCGCCGCCGUGGUGGGCCACUUCGCGCCGGUGUCGCGCUUCUCCAAGACGUCCGGGCGGAGCUUCCUGUCGCGCCGCUGCGGCGGGGACCUGCUGUACGUGUCGGACCCCUGCGAGCACCCGGUGCCCGGCGAUGCCGAUACCGACGACGUCGUGGGCGCGUACCGGGGCGUGUUCCGUGGGUUCAUGCGGUCGCGCACGCGGGCGCGCCUCGUGGGCGGCCGGGCGCCGCUGGAGCCGCGCGUGCGGUGCCCCUACUGCGGCGCCCGCGUCUGGAGCAUGACGGCGGCGGGGCUCGCGCCGCGCAGCGCGUGCCAGCGCCUCGGCGCGCACGAGGGACGCCUCGAGUACUUCGUCUGCGUCAGCGGGCACCUCCACGGCAGCUGCUGGCUUGCGCGGCUCUCUUCCUCCUCCUCCAGCGAGGGCGAAGACGAAGGGAAAGGGAAAGGGAAAGGCAGAGGCCGGCGCGGCGGCAGUGGCGUCUCUGACUCGGACGACGACGACGCGUUCGCUGCUGCUGCUGCCGUCGACAGCGACGAGGACGGCGGCCGCAUGGAGCUGUAAAGUCAAGAGUAGUGUUUAGUUAGAGCCGCAUGACAUGAAGUUGUACUAGAAUCUUUCUUCUUCCGUUUGUUCUGUUCUGUAAGCUGGAGAUUAAAUCUGGUGCGUGCUGCGGUGUGUGCUUCAGAAAUCGCAAUCGACUUUGUGCAGCUGUCUU